AUGGCUUCGUAUGAGGCUCUGUAUGGACGGAAGUACCAGUCUCUACUUUGUUGGUAUGAAUAUGGUGAAGCAAGUGUAUUAGGUCCAGAUGUGGUAGCAGAGACUACUGAAAAGAUUAAGAGAAUACGAGAAAGGAUUUUGACUGCUCAGAGUCGACAAAAGAAUUAUGUGGAUCAGAGAAGGAAACCGUUAGAUCUAGAGUUUGAAGUAGGAGAACAUCUAUGCAAGUACACGUCGGAUGCGGCUCAUGUGUUGGAGCCUGAAUCGGUCGAGUUGGAAGAGAACUUGACUUUCCAAGUAACGCCAGUGAGGAUCGAUGACACUAGUGUGAAAAAGCUGCGAGGAAAGGAUGUCUCAUUGGUUAAAGUUGUUUGCGAGCGAGCAGGAGUAGAAGAGCAUACUUGGGAAUUGGAGUCUGAGAUGCGAAAGGAUUAUCCUGAACUUUUCUCAGUUGAUGUUGGAAUUGAGAGUGAUGAAAUGAGAAGGAGAAUAUGGUAA